AAAAACGCCACAAAAAUUAUUUCCCUUAAAAAAAUAUGCGGUUUUAUCCCUAAAUUUUCCCCUUUGAAACGCCUAAUUUUUUCCCCUAAAAUUAGUAUCCUCAAAACACCCCCCAAUCUCACCCCUUCGUUGCUCUUUUCAAUCAAGAAACUAAGAUGGCAGUCUUGAUUUGGCAUCAAAUUACUUCAGUCUUGAUUUGGUUUCCAGUUAUACUCUGAGAUAGAAGAGAUGGCAGUGAACCAGACGGCGGCGUUGAAGGUGGGGUUGUGUCUAUUGGGCUUCUGCUAUUCGGCUACACGUUCGUCUCCCUCCACAACAAAAACAAAAUAGAUAUCUCAGAGUCUGAACAAUAAAUCCAUUGCCUUCUUUAGGUUUAAAAUGCUUUUAAAUUGAAGAUUUUUAAUUAUCCUUUGGCUUCUAGGUUUUCGGCUUUUGACCCAUUGAAAAAUGGUGUUUGGCUAAAAGCUCUGAUCUUCUGUAAUAAAUUCACAACUACGUUUUCAAACUCUUCGUCAAUGGAUUCCUUCCCAAGAUCUUUGAAUCCUAAUAAGCACCUCAGAGAACAAUUCGUGAGCAAUUUGCCUGGAUCUUCCAUGCUUGAAGUCUCUGCUCUUUUGAAUAAUGUAGCUCUUCUAAUGCUUUUGCGGCACACUUUCUGCUUUCAGACAGUGAAUGAUACUUGUAGGAGUUUAAAGUCUUACCUAGCCUCAGUAGCUUUGGAUUAUGUCUUCAUUGUUCUACCCACACUUUUAAUUUUCACUGUUCUAGCAGAGUGGGUAUACAUAUGCAUGAUUAGGUUAUUGUUCUUGCUGAUCCUCUUUACUGCAGUCAAAAGAACUUACUCUUUGCCUUACAUGGAAGGACCUAAUGCUUCAAGGGCAAGCAUAUCAUCUUAUAGGGUUGUUACGAUGCUUAUCACAUGCUUGUGUAUCUUGGCUGUUGACUUCAGAAUAUAUCCUAGAGAAUAUGCUAAGACAGAGACUUACGUGACUAGCUUGAUGGACUUUGGAGUUGGCUCCUUUGUGCUAAUGAAUGCAGUUACUUCACGGCAAGCACGAAGCACUUGCUGGAAUUUCUUUUUCACACUUGCUGGUGUAUCCAUCCUUACAUCCAUUUUAAAUGUUCCCGCAGAAUAUUCUGGAAUUCUUGGUUCAGUAAUUUUAGUUGAACACAUUUAUCCAGGAUGGGAAGGAGAUGGCAUCAGUGCUUUAUACUUAUCGCAGCUGUGUCAAAGCACUUCCUCAGGGGGUAUGUUGGAAUUCACAGUUUGGGAUUCAGAAACUUGCUGCUGAAACUGGAGCUGCUUCGAUCUAUUGUGGAUUCUGGUUUUGAACAUCCUUUCAAAGGCAAAGUUUUAAACUCAUGUCUGAUGUUAACAUUCGUGAAUUCCAUGAAUUAAGUCAUUUUGUUUUUCUUGCUUUUAGUGACUUAUAAUGGUGGGCAGUAUACAAGUUUGGUGCUUUAUUAUUUUGAUUCUAUAUUUAUAUUUAAUCUAAUUUUUACUA